AUGGUUAGUAGCGAAGUUAGUACGUUACAACAAAAGAUUGGAGAAUAUCAUAUUGUGGGCCGUGCUGCGCCCACCAAGAAAAAUCCCAAACCAAAUAUAUUUCGGAUGGUCUUAUUUGCCAAAAAUCAUGUCCUGGCUAAAUCUCGCUUCUGGUACUUUAUGAAUAAGUACAAUAAGGCUAAAAGGUCAGGAGGGGAGAUUCUUGCCUGCAACAAAAUCAACGAACGUAGACCUGGGGCAGUGAAGAAUUAUGGUGUGCUGAUACGAUACGACAGUAGAACUGGGACUCAUAAUAUGUAUAAAGAGUACCGAGAUGUUUCCAAAUCAGGGGCUAUUUCACAAAUGUAUAGCGAGAUGGCUGGUAGACAUAGAGCGCGAUCAAACUGCAUUCAUAUCAUCAGGAUACAGGAAAUCGAACCCAGUAAGUGCGUCAGAUCUCAUAUGAUUGAGUUGUUGAAGAAAAAGUUGCGUUUCCCAGCCGUGAGAAAUAUGUCUAAACUAAAUCGUCGUUUCAGACACACUUUUAUGGUCAAAGCACCCACCACAUUUUAA